UUUGUUUGUUCCGACCGUUCGCGCUUGGCCGCAUUUUUAAGUCGACGCAAGGGUGAAAAUAGCGGACCUUCGGUAACUUUGGUCGCCACGCUUUUUUUUUUUAUUCGCCAAGUUAUUUCGUCUUUGUAAGCGCUUGUGCGUCACGUUAAUUCAAAUGACUCUAACGCGACUUCGUAAAACGGUACUUCGGUUGUCUCCCUUGGUACACAACAGUGUGUUUGUCCACGCAAGUAGACGGGGUAGUCACGGUGUCGUAGUUUUGUCGUAACUUCGCUAUUCCCAAGGCGUUUUGCUCACAACAAAAGCAGUCUCAUCACUUUGUUGUGGUCAAUUCACACAGAGCGAUGGCCGCACGAUCCCCCCUUUAAUCUUGUUGUCUGCCAAAAAGUGCCAACUGAUAUUAUUCCCGUCUUUUUAUGCGUGCAUAUGUUCGUUUUCGUGUGUUUUUCUGUAUGCACCACCCCUCCUGCCAUAGCGGAUUUGGUUUGACAGAGUAUGAAGUUCAUAACUACAGUGUUAGCAGAAAGCCGAAAACCCAUGGAUCCAAUGGAUAUUUCUGCAGCUACCUCCACAGGAGUUAAAAAACGGCGCCUCAACAAGAAGGGUAGGAAGUGGCACAAAAGACCACACCUCAGGAAGACUGCCGUUCAGCCCCCGACUAUGCAAAGUAAAGAUAAGUGUGGACCAAAGAAGAUAGCAAAAGAGUGGGAGCAAAGCAAAGUGUGGCCGUCAUCAAAGAGGACCCCCAAGGAGGCACAACAAAGUCGGCGCAUGACAAAUGACUGUGAGAAUUUGCAGAAGUUCUCAUGCACUCAGUGCAGCGACAACUUGGAAUAUGGUCCCAAAGACCUAGUGAGACACUUUGAGCAUAAACACAGAGGGAGUUCACCAGUUUUUUCCUGUCAUAUGUGUACUUUUAAUACACACCAGUUCUCUUACCUACAAAUUCAUCUGUUAAGCCACAAGGACACUUUUUCGAGUUGCAGCAUUUGUAACGAUGGCGUUCAACGCACAUGGCCUGAGUUCAGCGCACACUUGACUAUGUGUCACUGCCAGAAUGGCAAAUAUUCAUGUGAAACAUGUCGCAGAUUCUCCACAAGCGAAGUUGGAGUAUUUUUAGAACACAUAUAUGUACAUAAUUUGGGUCUAGAAGGAGCACAUGAUGAUCUAUUGCUGCACACAAAGGACAAGAAUCCAAAACCAACCACUUUAAGCUGUCAACACUGUGGCUAUGAGGCAUCUCAGAAAUGGUUGCUUACUAAGCACAUAAAAACUAUCCAUGUUUGCCAGAAUGGUGAUCAGAGGCGGAAGAAAAAGGAGGUCAAUUCCAUAGCAAUGAAACCAAAUGACCCCAUCCCAAAAAUGAAGCCAAGAUUAACAAGAAGUGCAGUUAGGGAAAUGUGCUGGCUGACACAGGACUGUCUGUCUCUGCCAGGGAGAGAAUUCCUGGAUAAAUAUUGCCAUCUGUCAGAUCCACAAACAACACUAGAGGAGACGCAACAGUUUUUGAUGAAAUCUGUCGCUGGGGAAACUGGUGACCAAAAAUGGACCAAGGCUCUUCAAACUGUUUUGUCGAAUGUCCCUCAAGAUGUGAAUCUUCACCCAAAGUCGGAGAAUAGCAUCAUGUCGAACACGUCUGACCUCACUGUCCUCACAGUCAAAAAUAAGAUCACUGUAGCACAGAACGGUGCUGCAUUUGCUAAAAGGUUGAGAAGGAUGACGGCAUCAGAUAAAGAAACAGUUUUGCCUGGAAGUGCUGCUGAGGAUGCUCGUUGUAUAGUUGACCAAAAUGGGUGUCAGUCAACUGUGAAUGAUUAUUUACCUUGUCCACAGACUGACACCAAACGCCACAAUGAUGUAUUGGUGUCAGCCCAGAGUGAGACAACUGAGUGCACUCAAAUGGAAGAAAAUAUAGAAAAUCAGGAUUUAAAGACGGAUCAGGAAAUUGAGGAACAUCGUAAAAAACAACAGGAACCAGUGCAAGAGGAUAUUAUUAAUAUUUCCAGUGAGUUGAAGUUGAAGUUGAAGUUGAAAAAUGAAAGUGUAAAGCAGACACGCAUCAAUAAAGUCAAACCGAGAAGAAGACGAAAUCGGAGAUGUAAAAGAAAGACCACGUCUAAAAAAGUGGAUACAAGAUCCAGAGGACUUCCCCUAAAAAUUGUGUUGAAGAAAAAUCCAGUGAAGGGGAAGCAAUGGGUGUCAAAAAGGUCUUCGUCUUCAUCAGGUAGAGAUUCGGCAGCACAGAUUCUUCAAAAUGGUCUACUAUCAGAGGUUCACCAGCAGAAAUUGACCGAAGCUUCUAAGACCGAUUUGUGUGACCUGGCUGAAGCCAUCCCUCCUAUUCCACAAUCAAAGCAAGAAGACCUCAUGUCUGAUUGUACUUCAGGCUCAAUAGGGUCUGAAAAUAUGGACAGUAAUGAUCCUGGCAUCAAAGAAAUGCCUUCAGCCCAGCUGGAAAUAAGAGAUGACUUGGAAAAGUCGCUGCUGUUCUCUCAAACAGGAGAUGACGAGAGAAGUUCAGCUGCUGAGAUGGAGUCAAAUUUGAGAGCUGAUGCCGAGACCAAAUUAGAGAUGUGCUCCAGUAACGCACAACAGCUCCAAACAUCAGGCAGUGACAUGAGCCACCAUGAGUCAGACAAUAAGAAGACGUCAGCAGAAGAAGUGAGUGCUCUCAGCAGUUGCAGCAAGUCGCCUUCUUCCGUUUCCCAACCUGUUAUAAUACCACAGGGUGAUGAUUCAAGCCUUGCUCUUUCUUUAGAGAAGAGUAACCACAGUGUUGAAGGGAUAAGAGACGGAGAAGUGCCUGUAGAAUCCUGCUCAGAUCCCCUAAGCAGUACCCAUUCGCUUGUGGAGAAAGCCAUCCAGCAGGAGCCCUCACCAGCCUCUGGGCACCGGCGGCAUCCGGUCCCAAAACACAAGGAGAGGACCCUGAAGUUAGUAGCCAUAAAUCCAUCUCAGUUGGUAAAGCGUCCGGCGGGAGACCAGCCCGUUGUGGUGCUAAAUCACCCAGACGUCGACAUCCCUGAGGUGGCCAGGAUCAUGGAGGUCGUCAACAGGUACAGAGGAGAGGUGCAGAAGGUCAUGUUGUCCCGCAGGACUCUGAAUGCUCUCUCAGCCACGACCAGUGAGGCCCCAAAGACGCAUGACCCGACAGAGGUCCCACCUGACUCUGCGGCCGUGGUGAAAGAGAGGUUCAUUUUGAAGCUGAAAUUUCGCAAGUUGAACAAGAAAAAGUAUGAAGUCGUGAGCGCGGUCUCUGCGAGCAGGGAGGUCGCGACAAAGUUUCGCUGCUGGUUCUGUGGCAGGGUCUUUGCGAGUCAGGAAAUGUGGAUGGCCCAUCGGCAGCGACAUCUGCUGGAGUGGAAAAGGCCAAGCUGUGAAAACUCAUGAAUGUCACACACACUGGAUGGAAAAACCAAAACUUGUCUGGAAAAAUAUGACUUUGCAAUACAACAAAAACAAUAAUGGAAGCUGUGAUAGCCAGUCUCGUCUGUUUUUUUUAAGGUCUUAAUGAGUGGUUGUUUUUGAAUCAUUGUCAUGCUUCCUGGAGGGUUCAUGUUCUCAGGGUGAUUUGAACAUUUACCUUUGUCUCCCAGUAUGAGUAGCUCGAUGCAAACCCUAUGUAGAUUAGUAAUUAUUUGAACAGCCACAAGGACAAAAGGACUAAGUUGACAACUUAGUCCUUUUGUAUUUUUUUUUUUUUUGUAUUUCUUCUGUGGCAAAUAGAUUUAUUUAAGGUGAUCUAUGUACACUGUCAUGGAAUAUUUUAUAGAACACUGUAAUAUGUAUAUUUGCCAUACCAUCUGAGUUUUAUGGAUCAAUCUAUGUACGGGUAGACUAUACAGUGUGGUAGCUAUAAUAUUUAUGUUUUUGCAAUGGGGCACAGAGACCCACAGGUUACUCGGUUAUACCAAAAGGUUUGUGUUUAAAAAAAAAAAAAAAAAAGAAAAGAAAAAGAAGAAAAAAAAAAGGACAAUAAGCUGUUUUUAUUCAACAUUUAUUUAUGACCUUAGGUUUAGUCUUUAUAUGCUUUUCUUUGUGCUUCUUUGGCCUUUUGGAAGAAUCUGUGUACAAUUGAUGUGUGAACUCCAAAUCAUGCUAAAAGAUAUUUCAGUGGGAGCAGAUAACCCUAUAAACAUGACUCAUUUUUGAGAAGUAAACUGUUGAUCUUUGUUAUAGAUCAAAUACUAACAAAAUUAUUACUUUUGAAAUCUGGAUUUUUAAUGAUGAAGAGGCCUGGAAGAAUUGGUCAUUUUUGUUAUGUAAAAGAACAACCAAAAACACAUUUCCUCUCUUUUGACUUGAAAUGAUAAUCUUUUUAAUUGCACUAUGAAAGGAGGAUUUAUAUUUCCCAUUACCUCACUUAUUAGGUCUUUGACAAUCUGAACCUGUGUCAAAACACUUCCUUAUGCAGACAAAGGAAAACACUGGCUCUUUGUGUGUGUGUCUUGGAAAAUUGGACAGAUGUACCUAAAUUAUAUACGUUUCCCCAGAUCUGGAGUGUCGGUGACACACAUUAUUCUUUUCAUUGUAAUUUAGACAAAAGAUUUAUAACUGUAUAUAGUGGAGGUAGAGGUACUGUAAAAUAUUAGCAGAGAAUUUUCACUAAGUGCCUUGCAACCAAUGUGCAUGAGUGUAACAUUAUUUGUUGGAACAGAGAAGAAAACGGAACUGUCGUGGUUCCUGGUGGUAUUUUCUCAUGACUGAAGACUUGCGUCUACAACACAAGAAGUUUUUUUUAUUGAGACAAAAUGUACAACCUUGUGUUUAUUUGCUCUCCAAUGUACUGCUGUCGUAAGCGAAUCAUUUGUCUGUCUUGCUUCCCUCUGCGUCUGCAACACUUGUCUCAUUCCUUGCAUUAAUUUUGAUACACUGUUUACCGACAGAGCAUUAAAAAAAGAAUCUUAAUAAAAAAACAAGAGUUAAAAAGUC